CACACCGGUGCUGUGAUACUUGUCGCUGCUUGCUUUCCUUUCCCCCGCCCGGUCUACAAAGACCUCAGCUUUCCUACCCCCACUUCUUUCUUCCAAAGCCUCGCCUUUUUCCCUUCCUCUCGUCUUCCCUCUCGUCUCUCUCUCUCUCCCUCCAAAUCCCUCCUUCCUUCUCUCUUUCCACAUUCAUCCUGCUCUGCAGCUAGCUGCUUUGGUUGAGGAUCGGAAAUGGCAAUCGAAGAUGAAUCGCCGCAGCUCAGAGUCAACACCACCAGAGGCGGCGCCAUGGGAGGAGGGGAGUGCGACGGGGCGGAGAACCAGCGGUGGCCGCCGUGGCUCAAGCCGCUGCUGGGGACGAGCUUCUUCGGUCAAUGCAAGCUGCACGCGGACGCGCACAAGAGCGAGUGCAACAUGUACUGCCUCGACUGCAUGAACGGCGCACUCUGCUCCCAGUGCCUCGCCUACCACCGCGAUCACCACGCCAUCCAGAUACGGAGGUCCUCCUACCACGACGUGAUCCGGGUGUCGGAGAUUCAGAAGGUGCUGGACAUCACCGGCGUGCAGACGUACAUCAUCAACAGCGCGCGCGUGGUGUUCCUGAACGAGCGCCCGCAGCCGAGGCCCGGCAAGGGCGUCACCAACACCUGCGAGGUCUGCGAGCGCAGCCUCCUCGACACCUUCCGCUUCUGCUCCCUCGGCUGCAAGAUCGUGGGCACCUCCGGCGAGUUCCGCAUCCGGAAGAAGCACGCCGCCAUCAAGAAGAAGAAGAAGCUGCCGCACAAGGGCGGCGCCGCGGCGGCGGCGGCGUCGGACUCGGAGGACGACUCGUCGACGAGCACGAGCGGCGGGAGCGACAAGAGCAGCGUGGUGCAGAGCUUCACCCCGUCGACCCCGCCGGCCACCGCCAACAGCUUCCGCACCGGGAAGCGGCGCAAGGGCGUGCCGCACCGGUCGCCGUUCGGCAGCCUCAUGGUGGAGUUCUAGAACGCGGCCACGCGGCCGCCCCUCGCCAAGGAAGAAACCAGCGGUACACCACACCACUGUAGCAUACGCACCCCUACAUACCAUACUACUCUAUAGCUGUUGGAUCGACCGAUCUGCAUACCAUAGCCAGCCAAAAAGGAGGUAAUGCAAGCAAUAACGAAGGGCCCCAUUGCACGCCUGCGCUUCUGGUAGGUUUCAAAAAAAAGAGGAGGCCGGUGCAGUGCGGCACGGUUACUUCACAUAGUAGUCUUACUGUGCUAGUGGGCCUUGUUUAGUUGGCCAAUUUGGGAGAUGCAAAAUUCCUGUUCCAGCACUGUAGCACACUGUAGCGUUUCGUUUGUAUUUGUGAAUUAUUGUCCAAAUAUUGACUAAUUAGGCUCAAAA